UCCUUGAUUGCUUAGAAUAGGUGCUCUGUUUUGGAAACAAGAUCAUCCGAUCCGCAAGAUCUUGUUUCCAAAACCUGAGUAGUUAGCUACCCAAUAAGCAAUUGUUUUUUGCUUUCACAAGUAUUUCUGUGUGUUUGUUUGAAAGACUAGCAGUAAGGGUAUCAAUCAAUUUUUCCUUCCUUCUGUGUAGCUUCUUGUGCUACAAUUUAAGCAGUUCGUCAGGAAAAGAAGUUAAAAGAUGGCUGUAAAUCUGAUUGGAGACACUGCUUUUGGGAUGGUUUUUAAUGGACUGGUGGAAGCAGUUUUAGAAGCAACCACCAGAGUGACAACGUUCAGUUCCAGCCUCAACAGUUUGAAGACAACUCUUGCUCCGCUCAAGUGUUACUUCGAUCAAGUGGAGACGCUGAAUGGGAAGCUGCACAGCCCUCAGAGAGAAACAGACAUGUUCAUCCUUCGUUUAGCAGAAGGGGAGAGUCUCGUGCGCAAAUGCACAAGAAUCAAGUGGUGGAAUUUGUACAAGAAGUACUCCUAUUCCAAGAAAAUCGCUGAUUUGGAACGUUCCCUCAUUCGAUUCUUUCAACUGGAUGUGCAAGCGGAGAUGGUCAGGGACCAUAAGAUGCUCUUGGUCGGGGAGGCUGAUCUACACGAGCAAUUGAAUGCUGUCAACCACAGACUUGAUCGACUACUUUCUGUUGUCAAGAACGUUGUUCAAGAACCCUACUUUCAAGAUCGUUGUUGCACUGUCCUGGGGUGCCAAAAUUCAGAGAAUCAAUGCCCUAAACAAAGCGAUGUUGCUUGAUUCUGUUCACUUUUUUUUUUAAUUCUUUUUGUGGAAUGUGUAUAGUGUAGAUGUAUGAUAUCUUCUAGUCUGUUAGGCUGUACAUUGUAAAGAAUAUUGUUCAUCGUUCAUGUAGAUAAAUUGUACCAAUUCUUUUCCUCCAAAUUAAUUGUAGUGAUCAACAUCGGUCUUGGUCUGCAA